AUGGCUAUUACACUGGUCUAUCCUUGGGACAUGUGUGCCGAGAGCGAUAGUCGCGAUGUUGCUUCAGUGGUGGAUCAAGCAGAGGCUUUCUUUGAUAGUUCCAAGUCUACGGACCAGCCAUUCUUCUUGACCAUUGGAUUUAUCGAUCUCCAACGCGACCUUACUCGUUCUGGUUUUGGAAAUACUGAAAGGGACGACUAG